AUGGCCGCGUCCCUCGGAGCGCCCCGGGACCCUGUUGACGAGGCGCCGCCGCCCCAGCCGGAAGCGCGCACCUCGGAGCGCAGCUCGGACAGCAGAGCCGGUCAGCUCUCAUUCUGUACCAAGGUGUGCUAUGGCAUUGGUGGGAUCCCCAACCAGGUGGCCUCCAGCGCCACAGCCUUUUACCUGCAACUCUUCCUGCUUGAUGUGGCCCAGGUCUCUGCUGCCCAGGUGUCACUUGUCCUGUUUGGAGGGAAGGUGUCUGGGGCAGCUGCCGACCCUGUGGCUGGGUACUUCAUCAGCAGAAGCAGGAGGACAGGGGCUGGACACCUCAUGCCCUGGGUGCUGGGCUGCACGCCCUUCAUCACCGUGGCCUACUUCCUCCUGUGGUUCCUGCCCCCCUUCACCAGCCUGCGGGGCCUCUGGUACACGAGCUUCUACUGCCUGUUCCAGGCCCUGGCCACGUUCUUCCAGGUGCCCUACGCGGCGCUCACCAUGCUCCUGACCCCCUGCCCGAGGGAGCGGGACUCGGCCACGGCGUACCGGAUGACCAUGGAGAUGGCGGGGACGCUGAUGGGAGCCGCCGUCCACGGGCUCAUCGUGGCGGGCGCCCACAGGCCGCACAGGUGCGAGGACGCGGCGCUCGCCGGGCCGCUCGCCGUCUCCCCCGACGCGAAUCGUCUCUACUCCAUUGCAGCCGCCGUGCUUGCUCUGACCUACCCCGUGUGCACUGGUUUGCUCUGCCUCGGGGUGAAGGAGAGACCAGACUCCUCUGCCCCAGCCUCAGGCCAAGGCCUGAGCUUCCUGGCUGGGCUGUGCCUCGCUGUCCGGCACCCGCCCUACCUAAAGCUGGGGAUCUCCUUCCUGUUCAUCUCAGCAGCCAUUCAGGUGGAGCAGAGCUACCUGGUCCUGUUCUGUACACAUGCGUCCCGGCUCCAUGAUCAUGUCCAGAGCGUGGUGCUAACCAUCCUGGUCUCGGCUGUGCUGAGCACCCCGCUGUGGGAGUGGGUCCUACAACGAUUUGGGAAGAAGACUUCAGCCUUCGGGAUCUGUAUGAUGGUGCCUUUUGCAAUCCUGUUGGCUGCUGUGCCCACCGCACCUGUGGCAUAUGUGGUGGCCUUUGUAUCUGGCGUGAGCAUUGCUGUGUCCUUGCUGCUACCCUGGUCCAUGCUUCCAGAUGUGGUGGAUGCCUUCCAGCAGCAGCACCAGCAUGGCCCAGGCCUAGAGACCAUCUUCUACUCAUCCUAUGUCUUCUUCACCAAGCUUUCUGGCGCAGGCGCCCUGGGCAUCUCCACUCUCAGUCUGGAGUUUGCGGGCUAUGAGGCAGGAGCCUGCAAGCAGGCGGAGCCAGUGGUGGUGACCCUCAAGGUCCUCAUCGGGGUCGUGCCCACCUGCAUGAUCCUCACUGGUCUAUGCAUCCUCAUGGUUGGCCCCACUCCAAAGGUGCCCAGCCAGGACCCUUCCCGCCGGCAGAGUCUUCAGAGGAGGACCAGCUACAGCCUCGCUUGA